UGUGAACUUUGCUUCCUUUUUUUUGCUCUUAAUCUUGAUUCGAAUUGGUUCUGAAAAAUGCAUAUGCAAGACCUUUGAACAAACGAGGCAUUUAGUAUUAAUGUCCCAUUUGCAUGACUAAUAUGGGUAGCAAUUUGUUCCGUUCCGAUUCAGUGAUUAAGCAUGCUUCGAGGCUCGCUGAUCCUGGCGUUCUGCAUCGCCUCAACAUUCGCUCUGCACAAGGGAGGUUUAACAUACUUGCUGGACGACGUGACCGAAGAGAAACAGGAUCUAGAGAGGUUGUUAAGUGAUGUCCUCUUCAACACUUUAAAACCUUACAAAUGCAUCGCAAUACUCUGCGACGACGUCUACUACUCGAUCUUCAAAGAUCACAUCUUCAAGAAGAUGGGUCUAUUUAUAUCAUACUUUUUCAUUUUAAUUGAGAGCUCCGACGAUCUGCUGUCACCGUUUCCAGAUACCAAAGACGCUUUGAAUAUGAUCAAGAAGCAGGACUGCCAGAUGUACGUGAUUCUCAUGGCAAAUGGUCUGCAAUUAUCCAGACUCUUGAUAUACGGAGAUCGAUAUAGAGUGUUAGACACUAGGGCCAAUUUCGUUUUUUUGUACGAUAACCGUAUCCUGCACAAAGACCUAUAUUAUCUCUGGAAGAGGAUGGUUAAUGUGAUCUUCAUCAAAGAGUAUGCUGGCAGCAAAAAGUCCUCGGGCGAAAUCAUACCUUGGUUUGAAUUGAGUACGGUUCCGUUUCCGUCUCCUAUAAAAGGAGUCUUCAUACCCAGACGCAUCGAUAUCUGGCGAAGGAGCAAAUUUCGAAAAGGUGUGGACUUAUUCAGAGAUAAAACUUACGAUUUGAAGAAUCAAACAUUGAAGGUGGCUGUUUUCCAGCAUAUCCCGGCUGCAAUCAAGAUGGAAAUACCAGAGCACAAAUCGCACAAGACUGUGGUACAGUACGGAGAUUCAGGUUACUCAGGGAUCGAAAUCGAAAUCUUGGCUACGAUUUCUAAAGCGAUGAACUUCAAUCCGGAGAUGUAUGAGCCGCAGAAUGCGGAGAGCGAGUUCUGGGGUAUAAGGCAACCGGAUGGUCAGUAUUCCGGUCUGUUUGGAGAACUAGUAAGCAGCAAAGCCGACAUCGGAUUGGGUGAUUUCUAUUACACCAAUUACAUCUUGGAUCUGAUGGAUCUCACCAUUCCUUAUUACACGGAAUGUCUGACGUUUUUAACGCCGGAAGCGCUGAGCGACAACUCCUGGAAAACCUUGAUCCUUCCCUUUAAACCGUUGAUGUGGACCUGCGUGCUUCUAAGCCUUUUCAUCUGCGCUUUCUUGUUUCAUUUCUUAGCAAUAUUUCAUCGUCGCAUCAAUAGGUUUGGAAUGGAUGAAAAGAUCGUUGCUACUCGUCCGAUUCAGGUGCAGCCCAAAUUGAAUGUAGAUGCUAAGUACAGGUUGAUGAGGCAACAGCACGAGGUGUUGAAGGAGGAAGAUGAACCGGAAGGUCUUUACGUUUUCGCCGAACCUGUUAACAGCUUCCUAUAUACUUACAGCAUGUUGCUGGUGGUUUCGCUUCCGAAGUUACCGACUGGAUGGUCUUUGAGGAUGCUCACCGGGUGGUUCUGGCUCUACUGCACUCUAGUCGUAGUCUCAUACAGAGCAAGCAUGACUGCUAUACUUGCAAAUCCAACGCCUCGAGUGACCAUCGACAAUCUGCAAGAAAUAAUUGACAGUAAGAUAUCUGUGGGUGGUUGGGGUGAGAUCAACAGAAUCUUAUUCUCGACCUCUUUGGAUCCACCGAGCCAAGAAAUCGGCGAUAAAUUCGAAAUUAUAAACGAUACCGAUUACGGCGUGGAUCGCGUUGCUUUAGGUACUUUCGCGCUGUACGAAAACACGCAUUUCCUGAAGUAUUCCAGCGUUAAAAGGCAACUGAGAAUCCUCAACGACACCAAACUCGAGGGUCAGGAUGGCGAUAGGAAUCUUCAUAUCAUGAGCGACUGCGUAAUUAACAUGCCCAUCUCCAUCGGUCUGCAGAAGAACUCACCAAUAAAGCCUAUGGUGGAUAAGUUCAUAAGGCGCGUCAUCGAGGCAGGACUCGUCGGCAAAUGGCUGGACGAUAUAAUGAGUUUCACCAUGAUCUCAGAAACAAGCAACGAGGAAAGGGUCAAAGCCCUGAUGGACAUGAAGAAGUUCUUUGGUGCGAUCGUCGCUCUGUUCAUCGGCAUCACCAUUAGCGUUUCGGUAUUCUUCGCCGAAAUUCUCUACUUCAAUCGAUACAUCAGAAAACAUCCGAACUUCGAUAAGUACUCCAAGGUUAUCCAACACGAGAAGAAACAAUAAAUUACACUUCUGCAUUCCUACAAAAUAAUAGUUAUAAUACCAGUAACAUGAUGACAACGAAACAUACCUUCUUGAUUACUUAAUACAGCCUUUUAUCUUAUGA